ACCAUGAAGUAUAAGCACUCUAGCACCCAGAACCCAAGUUGGACAAUCAUGACUUUUUGCCCAACCAUGGAAGAAUUUACAGAUUUCAACAAAUAUGUUGCUUACAUGGAAUCCCAAGGUGCACAUCGAGCGGGCCUAGCCAAGGUCAUUCCACCAAAGGAAUGGAAAGCCAGAGAGACUUAUGAUGAUAUCGAUGACAUCUUAGUAGUCACUCCCCUCCAACAGGUGGCCUAUGGGCGGGCAGGUGUGUUUACUCAAUACCAUAAAAAGAAAAAAACCAUGACCGUGGGGAAGUAUCGAUGCUUGGCAAACAGUAAAAAAUAUCAGACUCCAUCACACCUGAAUUUUGAAGAUUUGGAGAGAAAAUACUGGAAGAACCGCCCCUAUGAUUCACCAAUUUAUGGAGCUGACAUCAAUGGUUCCUUAUUUGAUGAAAACACUAAACAGUGGAACCUUGGACACCUAGGAACAAUUUUGGACUUGCUGGAGCAGGAAUGUGGAACUGUCAUCGAGGGUGUCAACACACCCUACCUGUACUUUGGCAUGUGGGAGACCACCUUUGCUUGGCACACGGAGGACAUGGACCUUUACAGCAUCAACUACCUGCACUUUGGGGAGCCCAAAACUUGGUAUGCAGUGCCCCCAGAACACGGUCAGCGCCUGGAGCGCCUGGCCAGGGAGCUUUUCCCGGGCAUUUCCCGGGGCUGUGAGGCCUUCCUGAGGCACAAGGUGGCCCUCAUCUCGCCCACUGUCCUCAAGAAGAAUGGGAUUCCCUUCAGUUGCAUGACUCAGGAGGCCGGAGAGUUCAUGGUGACAUUUCCCUAUGGCUACCACGCUGGUUUCAACCAUGGCUUCAACUGUGCGGAGGCCAUCAAUUUCGCGACCGCACGAUGGAUUGAUUAUGGCAAAGUGGCCUCGCAGUGUAGCUGCGGGGAGGCCAGAGUGACCUUUUCCAUGGAUGUGUUUGUGCGCAUCCUGCAACCUGAGCGGUAUGAGCUGUGGAAACGUGGGCAGGACCAGGCGACUGUGGACCCCAGGGAUGCCAGGGCACUGGCCCGUCAGGAACUGAGCACCUGGAGAGAAGUUCAGACUCUCCAGAGAGCAAUGCUAGACCUGAGGCGUCUCCCCACACUCACAGGCUGGUGUCCCCCGCAGUCUGUGUCAGCUGUCCGUAGGACCCACCAUAGAGCUUUGGUGCUCCCAGGACACCAUCAUCUCCUGGAGAAUUGCAAUGCUGAUACUGUGCCUGUAGCUACCACCCAUAGCUUUCCUGAUUACAGAUUGACACAGUCACUGACCCUGGGUUCAUCAGCCCGGGUUCCUCUCCCCUCCACUGGCAAACAUGGUUGUGGCCGUGUUGGUGGCCGUGGUCAUGGUCGUCAUCCUCGAAAACUGGGGACUCAGGAGACAAAUGUCUGGGCUGCAACCAAGAGAUGCCUUUUGGUGGGGACUGGGAGGACAGCCAUGGGCUCUAAGCCCCAGUCUCUGCCUGUGGAUGGAACAUUAGACAAGCCUUGUCCUCUGAGCCCUGGGCUCCAGCAUCCUCCCAAGGCUUCUGGCUGCUGCUGUCCCCCUGAUCUUCAAUUCUUGGGGCCCCCAUUGGAUCCUGACAAUCCGAUGCACCCUGGGCCAUGCCUGCUAUCCCUGGAGAGAAUUACACUAAAUCUCCCUGACAUUGAUCCCCUGAUUCCUUCCAAAGUCACUGUGCCUUUGAAAAAAUUCUCCAGGGUUGCUGCUUGGGAGUACACUGACCCAGGGAACCUGGCCCAGUAUGUAAGGAUGGACCAUUCCUAUGCUUCUAUGAUGCCAUAUGAAGCUGAAGUGGCCAGACCUCUUUGCUCUGGUCCUCCAUUUCUUGAGCGGCACACUGAGGAAAUAGAUGACAUGACUCCCGCCCACGGGGCUGGCGGUGGAUUCCCACGUGAAGACCCGCAGCGCUGCCAGGGCGCCGGGCGCUUCGCCACCGGGUCCAGCGCCCGCCACCGCGUCCUCUUGUCCUCCGCCUUCCGCGCCGCGCGCCCCCUGGCUGGUGGAGUGCAGGUGGGCGAGGUGGCUCCCGGGUCCGGUGGAGCGGCGGGGGCAGAGCACUGGGCGGCCACCGCGAGGGGCAGGGCCGGGAAGGCCGGUCCCCACGCCUCCCGUGCCGUGGGCCAAGAAACCGGGGUUCGGAUCCAUCCCACUGCGUCCUCGGAGUUGCAGCCGGUCGAAGCUACCAUAAGAGCUCGCGACCUUCGAGCCUUCACUUCACUCCACUGCGAGGUUCGCUGCGAGAACCACCCCCUGAUGCCUACAUUUUGGCGCUGCCAUCUGCAGUGUCUGGCUCGUUUCCGGAGUGCUGAGGAGCAUGCGCGACAGAGACGUGGACGGUUCAGAUCCGCGGACGAUUCGCUCACAGACUUGGGCGCGUGUCUUUGCCGUGGCAUUUAUUGGCGAAUGGAUGCUUCCAGCUCUGAGAUCUCGGCCAGUUCUCGCUGCCAGGGCGUCGAGCGCUUCGCCAUCCGAUCUAGGGCCAGCAUCCUCGUGUCCUCCAUGUUCUGGCUCCUGGGCCCGAUCAGCAGCGCCUUUUUUUUUGAAAGUGUACAAACUUUAUUGGAGCAUGUGCACCUCCCCCGUAGGAGGGAAGAACACCGGGCCAUGCGGCCCAGGAACGGGGAAGAGCUGGCAGCAUGGAACGUGACUCAAUCAGCAGUGCCUUUAGCCAUCACCUGCAACCCUUAG